GCAUUAAACACCCCCCCCCCCCCCUUACCUCUCUCCUCAAUGGACAACAAACGUGAGACUGAAACUGAAUCCUCCUCUUCAAUCGCGAACCCUAACCCUAACCCAGAAACUAAACCCACAUACACGCUUCAUCACUUAACAACUCCGCCUGGGUUAGCCCAGGACGAGUUCGAAGAGUUAAAAGGAUACGUGGUAGAAUUUCACACGUACCAACUAAGCCAAAACCGAUGCUCGUCUCUACUAGUGCAGCGAAUAAACGCCCCGGACGACGUCGUGUGGUCGAUAGUGAGGCGUUUCGACAAGCCUCAGGCUUACAAACACUUCAUCAAAAGCUGUUCCAUGGCAGACAACUUCCAAAUGGUUGUAGGGUCCACAAGGGACGUCAACGUCAUUUCAGGCUUACCGGCGGCGACCAGCACGGAGAGACUUGACAUUCUAGACGAUGAGAGACGGGUGACUGGGUUCAGUAUCAUUGGAGGAGAACAUAGAUUGAGGAAUUACAGGUCCGUGACAACGGUGCAUGGUUUCAAUCGUGACGGCAGGAUCUGGACCAUUGUUUUAGAAUCGUACGUCGUUGACGUGCCUGAAGGGAACACAGAAGAGGACACGCGUCUCUUUGCGGAUACAGUGGUGAAAUUAAACUUGCAGAAGCUGGCAUCAGUCGCUGAAGGGUUGGCACGGGAGGGCCAGGUGACAUGAAAAAACAAAAGAAAAAGAAGAAACGACAAAAAGAAACUCAAAACCCAAAAGAUGAUGCCGCUUUUAUUUUUCUCUUAUGUUCUGGGAGUAUUUUGUUUCUUCUUUUGAAAAAAAAAAAAAAAUUAAGCUGUUGUGAACCACCGGAAAUAUCCUUCUUAUCAAUAGUAUUGACUGAUCUUGCUCGUGAUUUCAUAUGGGUAAUGUUGGAAUUACCAUAAUAAUGAAAUGGCAUUUCAGUCAAUGGGCAAUGCGUGUACAGAAAUGUUUAUGUUUAAUUCAGCUUUACAGUUUUGUCAAUAAUAGAGAAAUUCUUGCAA